AUGCUCUGGUGCUCCUCCCGGGAGCUGGGGGCUGCCCGCUGCUUCCUGACCAGUGACCUGGACAACCUCCUGCCCACAACCUCCUGCCCACCUGUCACCACCACCCUGCACACCAAAGGUUCCCACACAUGCACUAAGGAGUGUCAGGGACACACCUGGGAGAGAAGUCAAGCGCUGGCACGGAGGUGCCCCCGAGGAACUCGGGAGGGUCGCAGGCGCGGAGUGGGAUGGAGGAGAGGGUGCAGGGGGCACGGGGCUGGAGGACAGGGGGCCUGGGGUGGCCGGCAGGCCCCGGUGCAAGCAGCCCGCCCGGCCCCGCCCGCCGCACUCACCCGAGGCCCGGGCGGGGUCGCCCGGCGCUGCGGCUCCUCCCGGCCUGCGGCGGCGGCGGCGGCGGCGGCCGAGGCAGGGACGCAUCAUGCGGCCGCGUUCAUGGCCUGGCCGGGCCGGGCCGGGCCGGAGCCGGCCCCGCGGCUCGGCUCGGUGCUGCCGGGCCGGUGGGAGGGAGGCGCGGCCGCCGCGCCGACGCGAGAGCCGGAGCCCAGCCGGGAGAGCGGGGCGGCGCGACCCCCGGAAGGGAACCCCGCGAGAAGAAGGAGAAGGUGAGAGAGGCCAAGUUCUGAUGAUGUCACUUGUGUCCCU